UCUGCUUCGCGGCCGCAGCGGCAAUGCCACCGCGGCACCGUGAAAGGAGGGGGAGAAGCCUUUCCAGCGCGGAAGAAGAGGGAGGCGGGACGAAGACGUCGGCGACUUGCUCCGAGAAACCGGGCCAGGAACGGCGAGCGCAAAUGGCGGCGGAGAUGGUCGGAGGACCAAAGGAAGGUGGAGAAGGAGACGCGGGGCGACCGGACAGCGAGAUCUUUGCUAAGUUGGACCCCCGACUUCUUGACUGUAUCAUCUGCUCGGAGCCCCUCAGGCCGCCCAUCUUCCAGUGUGAGAUCGGGCAUGUUUUGUGUUUUGUCUGCCGCGGAAAACUUCGCUCCAACUUAUGUCCCACCUGCUUCCAAGCAAUUGGCUUCAACUGCUGCUUUGCAAUUGAACAAAUGACCGAUGCUGUCAAGGUGCCAUGCUCAAACUCAUAUUUUGGAUGUGACGAGUACAUCACAUACUACCAGAAAGAGAAACAUGAGAAGACAUGCAUGCAUGCUCCAUGCUUCGCCCAGAAGAUGGUUGCUCAUUUGAAGGAUCGUCGGCAUCGCUUCUCAAUCAUUUUGUCACCGAGCACAAAUGGUCUCCCACAAACUUCCAUUAUGACAAGGCGCAGAGGAUUUCCAUCCCACGGCACAGCCGGUUCGUGCUCCUGGUCGGGGAGGACCAGUCCAUGUUCCUAAUGGUGAACAACUGUGUCCACAUUGGCAAUGCUCUCACCACGGUCUGCAUCAGGCCCCAUGAAUCUGGGUCAUGCUAUUCAUCCAAGAUCUCAGCCGUCCACCGUGCUGAAGCUGACAAGGGGAGGUAUGUUUUUCAGAUGGAUCCUCAUGUGUCCAGCAGCUCACUUCAUGGUGGGGUUCAGCUGGGAAGCAGGUUCUUCCUUCUGGUGCCUCGUGCUCUAGUUGAUGAUUCGACUGAUGAACUGACAAUCAACAUUUGUAUUGAGAAGAUCAAGUGUGCUGUGCACCGUUGAUCGCGUAGACAUGUUGGUAAAAAGUGGUGGCCUCAGACUUUUGGUUGUUGCAACAACUGGACUAAUGUUUGGGUAGUUGAAUCUUGAAUAUCGUUGGUACAAUUUAAAA